AUGCUUCCGGGCGUCGCGCACGCCUCGAUCCUCGACUCUGCGUUUGUGCAGUCCACCUCGCUCAUCUUCAUCUCGGAGCUGGGGGACAAGACCUUCUUCAUCGCGGCGCUGCUGGCGGCGCGCGCGUCCAAGCUGCUAACGUUCGCGGGCUGCGCCGGCGCGCUCGCGCUCAUGACCGUGGUUUCCGUCCUCAUCGGCCAGAUUUUCCACCAGGUGCCGGCCGGCUUGACGCGCGGCCUGCCGCUCGACGACUACGUCGCGAUCGCCUCCUUCGUCUUCUUUGGCAUCAAGGCGAUCCUGGACGCGGCGCAGAUCGAGGAGGACGGCGCGGGCAUCGCCGAGGAGUCGGAGGAGGCGGAGGAGACCCUCGAGCAGUCGGGCCUCUAUGGCAAGUCUGGCUGGCCGCUGGUCCUCGAGGCUUGCACGCUCACCAUCGCGGCCGAGGUCGGUGACCGGUCUCAGAUCGCGACCAUCGCGCUGGCCGCGGCGCAGAACCCGUACCUCGUCGCCUUUGGCGCCAUCGCGGGCCACUGCGCCGCCACCGGCAUGGCCGUCCUCGGCGGCUCCUUCAUCUCAAAGUAUCUGUCCGAGCGGGUCAUCGGCUUUGUCGGAGGGGGUCUCUUCCUCGUCUUCGCCCUCACCACGGCCGUCGGGCUAUUCUGA